UGCCCCUGUCUCUGUCACUCACAGGAGCCAGGCCAGGCUGGGGCAGCCAUGGCAGCGGCACUAGUCUGGAUUUCUCUUCUUGUGGGUCUCCUGGCAGGACUGGGGGGCAUCGGGGCCCAGCAGACCACCCUACACCCACUCGUGGGCCGUGUCUUUGUGCACACCUUGGACCAUGCAAACUUCCUGCGCCUUCCUGAGCAUGUCGCUGUCCCACCCACCGUUCCCAUCACCUACCAUGCCCACCUCCAGGGACACCCAGACCUGCCCCGGUGGCUCCGCUACACGCAGCGCAGCCCCCACCACCCUGGCUUCCUCUAUGGCACGGCCACCCCAGAAGAUCGAGGGCGCCAGGUCAUUGAGGUCACAGCCUACAAUCGGGACAGCUUUGACACCACUGGGCAGAGGCUGGUGCUGUCAAUUGGGGACCCAGAAGGGCCCUUGCUGCCGUACCAAGCUGAGUUCCUGGUGCGCAGCCAUGACGUGGAGGAGGUGCUGCCCUCCACGCCUGUCAGCCGCUUCCUCACAGCUGUUGGGGGGCUCUGGGAGCCAGGGGAGCUCCAGCUGCUCAACAUCACUUCUGCCUUGGACCGUGGGGGCCGUGUACCCCUUCCCAUCGAGGGCCGCAAGGAAGGGGUGUACAUCAAGGUGGGCUCUGCCUCACCCUUCUCUUCCUGCCUGAAGAUGGUGGCAUCCCCUGACAGCCAAGCCCGCUGUGCCCAGGGCCAGCCUCCACUUCUGUCCUGCUAUGACACCUUUGCACCCCAUUUCCGUGUGGACUGGUGCAAUGUGUCCCUGGUGGAUAAGUCAGUGCCAGAGCCUGCAGAUGAAGUGCCCACCCCAGGUGAUGGGAUCCUGGAGCACGACCCUUUCUUCUGCCCACCCACUGAGGCCACAGCCCGUGACUUCCUGACAGAUGCUCUGGUCACCCUCCUGGUGCCCCUGCUGGUGGCCCUCCUGCUCACCCUGCUGCUGGCCUACAUCAUGUGCUGCCGGCGGGAGGGACGGCUGAAGAGAGACCUGGCCACCUCUGAGAGUCAGACACCUGGGUUCCAGGCCAGACUCUGCCACACAAUUACUCUGUUACCAUUUCUCUACCUGCAAAUUGACAUGAUUGGACUAGCUGAUGUUUAUGGAUGCUUUCAAUCCCACCAGCCCUUCCCAAACCUAUCUUAUUUUGCCCCAGACUUCCUCUACCCAUGGCCUUAUACCUCCUCUGUAUCCCCAGCCCUCUUCCUCUCCCACUCCUCUGAACCCCAAAGAUUCCAGGAGGCAGGUGUGAAAUAAGUUAGGCUCCUUUUAUUGCUACUGCACUGAGCCUAUGGCAGGCCUGGCACAGCUGCCGCUUGCCUGACCUGCCUCAUUAGUUGCGGCGGCAUUUGGUCACCCUGCAAGCCCUCUUGAAAAGCCGCUUGUGCCCCUGUUUGGAGCCCAGUAGUGACCUGCGCUGUCCAGACUGGCGCGGCCCAGAUCGGCGCUGCCCAGACUGCCGCCGCCGCUGCUGCUGUCUCUUGGCCUUGAGCUUGGCCUUGGUGGCCCACUUCUUGCCCAGGCGGAAGGAGCCCGAGGCCCCCCUGCCGGUCACUUGCUUGAGCACGCCCUUGUCCACCAGUCCCAUGAGCACUUGUUUGAAGUGAAAGGCAUUGCGGGUCAUGUCGAAGCCCAUGGUGGUAAGAGCCUUCUUCAGUGCGGCCCGGGACAUGCGGCUGCGUGCCCCCUUCUCUUUCAUAGCCCCCAUGAUCACCUUGGACAUGCUGGGCUUCAGGGGCUUUUUAGGACAGGUGUGGUGCCCGGUCUCACUGUUGGUAGGGACCCCUGACCCACUGGCCUGUUGGCCUCCACCCACGGCAGUGUUUGAGGCUGAAGGCAUAGAUGGGGGCAGCAGUGAAGUAUCUUUCUGCACCUCUUCCUGGGGUAGGAGAAGUGAGUUGGGUGUGAGGACCUCCAGGAUGGCGGCUGGAAAUCUCCACUGUCUUGGAAGAUCUUGGUGGGUGGGUCAGGUGCGUCCCAGUUCCUGGUUUCCUCAGAGGCUUCCUGGUAGGGCUCCAGCCCACUCCUUCCCUUGGGUGGCUGGAGGGAGGAGCAAGGAUGAUCUCCCACAGUUGGCCUCAGCACUUGUGCUGGGGGUGCCAGGGGUGGUAAGAUUAUCUCUGUGGUGACCUCAUAGGGACAUUGUGAGGCCAUCAGAAUCCUGCAGGGGUCACAGUGGCCCCAUGGUUCCCUCUUGGGGGGGGGCAGACAGGAGAUGCCAGACAGUGUAGGCAUCUGACAUGCCAGUGCCCUGGGGAGGAAGGCCAUGGCUGCAUGGGCAGGUGGGUGGGCCCACACGUGUGUAUGCAUGGGUGUGCAUGUAUAUGUACAUGCUUGACCCAGUUUCAGGGUGGUCUGGGCCCCUGGUUUUAAACCCACCAUUUGACCCCACCAUCUCAACCCAUUAGGUCUAUGAGCCAGUGGGUUGAGGAAUACACACAUUUUAAACAUCAGAAUUAUACCAACACUUAUGAAUUUUUAUGGGGAAUGUAUUUUCCAGAGUGAACAGAAAUGUCAUUCCUUGGUUCUAUGUAAGUUGAUUUCAUUCCUUGAGCAACUUUCCAUACAAAGCAGUUAAAAGGCUUCACUUUUAUUUUCUAUUUUCAUUUUUAUUUUAUAGAUUUUUUUUCCCAUUGGGGUCAAUGAUUUUCUAUGUACAUUUCAUACGGAGGAUUUUAUUCCUUAUUUUGCUUGGACUGUGCCAAAUUUUACCAAUCAUAUCUACUGCCAUUGUGACCAGAAUUUCUACCAUGUCCAGCUUCCCUGGGUUGAUUUUAUAGCUCCAAUAUCAGAAAAAUCUGCUUCCUUCAAUUUGGAAUCAAUAAGCAGUUUUACCAUGUGCGAUAUUUACCUUUGUUGGCUUGAAUUUUAUGUUGAUUGAUUUUCUACAAAAUCCAACUUUCUACUUGUUCGAUUGAUCAAA